GCUUUUUACCCUGUGAAAAAUCAAAAGAACUCUAGUUUUUAAAAGCCCAGCCUCGCAGCCUCCAAACUAACUGGUUGCACAUGCUGGAGGAAGAGAGAGGCUGCAAGGAGACGCUGCGGUCCCGGAAGCUGUUCCUGUACAGAAAAGUAAAACAACGUGAGGAGCCCGCGGGGCGGAACCAACAGCGGCCCCGCCCUCCCUCCUGACGCCCGGAAGUGACGCGAGUGGGCAAAGGCAGCGCGCGCGUUGACCUGUCGCGUCUCGUCGUCGUCUGGCGGAGCAGGCUGUCGGCUUGUAGGCUCGCCGCUGCCCUCUUCCUCCUUCCCUCUUUCUCGGCCUCUUUUCCCUGGUCCCGGGAGUCUCCGCCCGGGGUGAGUAGCACGAGGCAUUGCCGGGGGCGGCAGCCGCUGAGAGAGGGGAGGCCUCGACCCCCAACUGCCCCGCUGCCCUGAAGCCCCGAUUCGUCACGUGACCGGUAGAGCACUCUGCCAUUUUCAUAUGUCAAGCUGCUGUCUACACAGAUCCAGGGAGAACAGGUCCUGUCCACAGCGCUGCCAGAGGGAGGAGGAGAGGUGCCAUUGCUGAGUUUGGUAUUUGAAGAGAGACGUGGUUGGUGACAGCAUGACAAGCGAGGUGAUAGAAGAUGAGAAACAAUUCUAUUCGAAGGCCAAGACGUACUGGAAAGAAAUCCCACCCACAGUGGACGGCAUGCUUGGGGGGUAUGGCCACAUCUCCAGCAUCGACAUCAACAGCUCCCGGAAGUUCCUGCAGAGGUUUUUGAGGGAAGGUCCAAGCAAGACCGGAAGUUCCUAUGCUCUGGACUGUGGAGCUGGCAUUGGAAGGAUCACCAAGCGUCUACUCUUGCCACUCUUCAAAGUGGUAGAUAUGGUUGAUGUGACAGAGGACUUUCUGAUUAAAGCUAAGACCUACCUGGGUGAGGAGGGCAAGAGGGUAAGGAACUACUUCUGUUGUGGUCUUCAGGACUUCAGCCCAGAGCCCAAUUCGUAUGAUGUUAUCUGGAUCCAGUGGGUGAUAGGCCACCUAACCGAUCAGCACCUGGCUGAGUUCCUGCGGCGCUGCAAGCGGGCCCUUCGCCCCAAUGGCAUCAUCGUCAUCAAAGACAACAUGGCCCAGGAGGGCGUGAUCCUGGAUGAUGUGGACAGCAGCGUGUGCCGGGACCUCGAGGUUGUCCACAGGAUCAUCCGCAGUGCAGGCCUCAGCCUUCUGGCCGAGGAGAGGCAGGAGAACCUCCCUGAAGAGAUUUAUCAUGUUUACAGCUUUGCCCUGAGAUGAACCUGGGCUGGCAGGAAAAACCCAGGGACUGGUGGGGAGGGAGCUGGCAGCUGGUUGAGAUCCAGAGGCUCCAUGUUGAUAGUUCACAAGUGUUGAAAGAGGCUGCUAAAUAUACCUGUCUGCCAUCCACUCAC